AUGUCUGCGCAUCGCUGUUCUGGUGACAUUGUAAUCAUUGGGUCCCGCGUCUUUUUCUGCCCACAGAACGAGGAGCUAUCGUACUUGGAGUGGGAAGCAGAGAAACAACGUUUUGUUUUGGUGCAACGGGAUGAUUGUGACGUGGCGCCACUUUUUGCCUCUGAGCAAACUGCCUCGGGUGAAUUGGAGUAUGGGGCAGUGAGGAUUCCAUGCUGCGCUCUGUACGGCGUUAUACCUCUUAGGGCCACAUCCAUAUUGUUGUAUGUUAAUCAGCAAGAACAUGUGGCGACAUUGCCUUUUUCUGCGUCACACGAGGUGUUUGCCGUAAAGCGAUUUGCAUGGAUGCGACUGCCAUCACCAAAGACUGGCUCACCAGUUUAUGAUGGAUUGAAAGAGGAUGACGGAGGUCAAAAUGGCUCUUAUCAGGAUCUUUCGGAGGAUAUUCUGGGUAAAUAUUGUGCGUUAAUUGAUCGAUUCUGCACAGAGUCACAGCAACAUUCAGGGGGUUCGUAUUUUUUUUAUUCCCCGACAAUCAAUUUGGCGCUGGAUCCAUGUGCUCUAGCCGAAGGCUCGACGAAAAAGCGUUUUGGGGCUUCUUUUUCAGGGAAUAAUGUUGACGGCCCUAAAAAUACCCGUCCCAGAUUGGAUGACGUUGGUGAGCACUCGUUACUUGCUUUUCAAUGGAAUACCCCAUUACUCCAAGCAUUCACGCCAUUGGAGGUGUAUUCUGGUGGUAUAUUCUUGUACGUGCCGUUGUUUAUUAGGGGUCUUGUUUCCAUGUCUUCUGCACCUUCGGACGGCGUCCAGUUGUUGCUUAUUAAUCGACUUAGCUACCGUUGGGCCGGCACCCGCUACAACCGACGUGGACUGGAUUUAGAGGGCAGUGGCAUUUGUGCUAAUUUUUCGACGUCGACCCUGUGGGUUUUUUCAGCAGAGGCAGAAGAGCAAGAAAAAGAUGCGUCAGUUGCAUCUCUUAAUGGGGAGAAACGGAUGGCGUCCUACCAAAUUAUUCGAGGGUCCAUUCCACUUCACUGGAGUCAAAGAGCGAAUUUGGCCUUUACUCCAGAGGUUAGUAUUUCAUCACCAGCACGUGCGGUAACUGAACUCAUUUCCCAUCUGAAAUUAUUGAAUAAGCUUCUUCGGGGUAUCUCAACGUUGCACUUCAUUGAUACAACAUCUCUCAGUGAAGUGGAGCGGCCGCUUUCGGAGGCUUUCGGGGCAGCGAUUACGAAGUUUUGUGAGUCUGAUUUAAGGCAUGAUAUUCCCUAUGAUGUUCAUUAUACCAAGUAUGAUUUUAAGGACAGGAUGAGAAGGAACUUAUCCUAUGACGAGAUCAGUAAAGGUUUAAAUGAACUUGCCAGUGGUUGUGUGAAUGGUGAGGUAAAACGUUUGGACUUUACGCAGUGGUGCAGAAAACCCAUGAGUAAAGAGGACGGUUGUUUAGAUGUCGGGGAAGAUGACACACGUUACUUUUUUUGGAAUAAAAUACACCAACAGAAGCACUAUGUACGUGUGAAUUGCCUGGACUGUCUGGACCGGACAAAUCUCGUUCAAUCCAUGAUUGUGGUUAAUGUGCUUCCGCGCAUGAUUUGCUAUGUGCGUGGAGAGAAGUCUAUGGCUAAUAAUUGCCACAAUGAGAACGAUGCUGCGACAGAAGAUAGUGAUACAGAAGAAGAAAAAUAUGAUGAAUCCAUAAGACUGUGCAAGGAACUUUGGGCCCAACAGGGUAUAGCACUUUCUGAGCUGUAUGCUGGGAGUGAACCUCAUUUUCUUAGAUUUCUUUUAAAGGGCAGCUUGGGACCAUUUGGAAAGCAACAGGAAGCCAUUCUUGCAUCACGUCGUUGGCUUCAGCAGAAUUUUUACGAUGGUGACAAACAAGAUAUUAUUUCCAUAGUUACUCGUCAACACGAUCCGGCUCUUGCACAAUCCGAAUUUGAAAGACGCUUUCUACGACCCUUUUCUUUUUUGAACAAAAUGGUGGUGUUGGGACUUUUUGUCGCGAUGUUUGCUCUUGGGGUUAAUCUAAUUGUUACCCUUUUUGUACCACGGGAUCGUAUUUCAACUGGCCCUGUAUUAUAUUCAAUUGCCUGGGUGAUUUACAUAGGUGUUUUGAUCUUUUUUAUUAUGCGUGAUGGUGUUAGCUACACCAACAGUCCACUAUUUAGGUGA